AUGCAGAAGGCACUGCUCGCGAUUCUCCGUGGCGUCCGUAAUGGUUCAUUCUACGGCACCAAGGUGCGCGCCCCGCACGCAAUGGUGAUGAUAUGUCUCUUCCAAAAUGGCUCCAUUCGUCAGAAACUCCGUGGUAUACUACGUUUGACAUUUGAGCACAGUAAGAAUCUGGCGCUAUUCGUAGGCGUAUACAAAUCUGUGCUAGCAGUGCUACGUGCUCAUCAGCAACAUGCAUUGGGACAGCAUGUGGCCACGGACAUUGGGAAGCCUGGUGCGCACUGGCACGCAGCUGUGGCCGGCGGUGUCGGCGGUUACUUGAUCUGGGGUCGCUAUUCAGGCGUCAACUAUCAGAUCAUCAUGUACUUAAUGUCGCGCGCACUCAUCAGUUUGGUGCGUGUACUGGCGGACAAGGGCUACCAGCCGUUCGCACAGCACCGGUUCAAGCACGUGUACCCGCUGCUGGCCACCGUGGUCUGGGCGGGUAUCAUGUGGCUCUAUGAGAACGAACCUGACACACUGCACCCAUCACUGCUCAAGAGCAUGCAAUUCCUUUACGAUGAAUCAUGUCACUGGAAGGACGGCAUCGUGGACUUCCUCCCAUCGCCAGCGACAACUGCUGUCUUUUUGCUGACAUGGCUGUGGACGUAA